AUGGGUGGUCGCCUGCCAUUCAACCAAUCUUUCUGGGAGGAGUUUCUCAUGGGCCGUGAAGGUAGUCUGCCUAAUCUGCCGGAAAUAUCCCAUGUCAGCAAACGUGUUGUGCGUAUACUCGGCGGAAACCCAGGUAGCAUGCACCUCCAAGGCACAAAUACCUAUCUAGUUGGAACAGGCAGAUCCCGCAUCCUCAUCGAUACGGCACAGGGCCUCCCCGCCUGGAUACAUCGCAUCUCCUCAUUUCUUUUUACUCAUAAUAUCGAGCUUUCUUACGUUCUUCUUACUCACUGGCAUGGUGACCACACCGGUGGUGUCCCGGAUUUGAUUGCACAUAACCCUUUACUCACGAACAAAAUAUAUAAGAACAAUCCGGAUGCCGGCCAAAAUACUAUAACGGAUGGGCAAAUUUUCUCUGUGAAUGGCGCGACGGUGCGUGCAGUUUUUACUCCUGGGCAUUCGGUGGAUCAUAUGUGCUUCGUGUUGGAGGAAGAAAACGCCCUUUUCACAGGGGAUAAUGUCCUAGGUCACGGAUUCAGCGUUGCUCAAGAUUUGGGGUGUUAUAUGGAUAGCCUAAGGAAUAUGUCUGCAUUAGCCUGCGGCCUCGGAUAUCCAGCGCAUGGGGCAAUUAUUGAGAAUCUACCGGGAAAGUUGGAUGAAUACAUACAGCAUAGGGAAGGGCGUGAGCGUAUGAUGCUAUCUACGCUGACAAAAGAAUUGGUCCAAGGCCAAGAACGACGGGGAGAAGGGACUAAAGGUGGGUUGACAUUGAAUGAAAUUGUGAUAUCGAUUUAUGGACGACUACCGCAGGAGGUGAUUGAGAAGGCCCUGGCGCCAUCUUUACUACAGGUGCUGUGGAAAUUGACUGAAGAUCGAAGAGUGGGGUUUAAACCUGGGGAUCCGCUGAAGCGACAGUGGUUUGCAUUGAUCUCAGUUGAGUAG